AGCGACUUUGUCGCCCGUGGGUGCGAACCCUUAAGGUUUAAUUUAGUUUGGAAAAAAUGUGAGAGCGCAGUUAUCUCUAGAUCCCUGAGUCUGGAGAGGAUUUUUAAGGUAAUGCUGUCUGUCAAAACGUCACUACCGUAACUGUCACUGUCACUGUCACUGUCUUUGGUCUCAUUUCUGUGCUUUCAGGCGGCAAACCGCAACUCGUAAGGCCUGCAAGAUUAUAAAGUUGUUUAAAUUUAUUUAGGUUCUCUUAAGAUAAUGGUAGCAUAGUGAUCGAAUUGAUUGAUAACAUAUUUUAUCCGUGAAUUACUGUUUAAUAUGUAUUAACUUGGAGGAAUACACUCAGUUUUAUAAGUAAAAAUGGAUUUGAAAUAUGACGAUGAAGACAUCAUUAAUGAAAUCAAAAUAAGAAAACCAUGGUACAGGUAUGUCACAGUGGAGCCCACCAUGUUUUUAUACAUGAUGGCCUAUAUGAUCACGGAAGUCGUAGAACAAACGUUUUAUGUGUUCCGCGCGUGUACGGUUGAUCAUGGAUACAGUGAAGAUAUAUGUUACAACAUAACUGGAUACAAACAAAUUAAUCAAGAAGUGCAGGUGACAGUGUCAAACUUCCACCAGUGGAAUGGUGUGGCCUGGCACAUUGUGCCGGUGUUCCUAGCUUUUUUCUUGGGUGCUUAUAGUGAUAAGAGGGGAAGAAAAUCUAUCAUGUUGGCGGGACUGAUUGGAAAACUUUACUUUUCUGUAAUGCUAACUGUUAAUUCUAUGAAAGAUUGGCCAGUAAUGUAUGUGAUAUACACUGCCAAAUUGCCCAGUGCCUUCACCGGUGCUGACUUAGCAAUAUUCGCGGGCGCAUUUGCUUACAUAGCCGACGUGUCAUCUGCCAAAAGUAGAACACUUAGAGUUGGUAUUUUGGAUGCUGUUUAUUUGAGUACCAUGCCUUUGGGGGUGUUCAUAGGUAACAUAAUAUGUAAAUUUGUGAACAGAUCCUUCACAACCAUGUUCCUGAUCAACACAACACUCAUCUCACUAGCUACUCUGCAUUGCCUCUUCUUCCUCAAAUGGCAAACGAGACCCGAGCAAUUGUCACUAAGGGAUGCGGGCGUCAUAAAUCCUAUCACGGACUUUUUUGACUUGAGAAAUGUGAAGCAAACUAUGAUGACUUUGGUGAAGAAGAGGAGUAACCAUCGCACAUUGUUUUUAUGGCUCCUGCUUAUAUCGAUGGCAUUAUACACAUUUCAAAGAGAUGAGCGGCCGUACAUGUACCUGUAUGUGCAGAACGUGUUCGAAUGGCCCACGUCCUACAGUAAUUUCAGGACUUAUGUGAGCACGGCCUAUGUGCUGACCAUGUUUGUGGGCAUUCCGCUGAUGACCAAGCUGUUCCGGUGGAGAGAUACGGUGAUAGUGAUGUUAGGAGCCGCUUCUCACAUGACAGGUCACUUUUUGUACGCAGCCACGGCGUCUAAAACGCUGUACGUAGGCGGUGCGGCAGCUGCGCUGGGUCCGUGUGUUGCACCCUUAGUUCGCUCCAUGACAUCUAAAAUACUGCCGACUGCAGAAAGAGGUGUAGCAUAUGCCUCUCUGUCGGUAAUGGAGAACGCCGUGGCGAUGUUUGGCUUCAUCAUAUACGCGCAAGUGUAUAACGCUACUCUCGGAACCAGCUAUGUCAACGCCAUCUUUUAUCUCACCAUCGGCACGCAAGCUGUCGUGUUUCUGUUUGCUCUGUGUAUGGAGUUAACGUUAAGAGGCCGACGUCUCGAAUCGCUGCUGCCACAGGAGGAAAAGGAAAUACAAUCGAAUAUUCGCCGGUGACCUAUGCCAUUAGAAUAAGGUCCAUAUUGAUAGUAGGGGGACUUUUCAAGUUGUUACAUUAAAUUUAUAUUGUUUAAUUGAGGCGGUUGGUAAGAAGUUAUUAGUCAGUUAUGUACUCGUUGAAGCUGGGUGCAAAAAACCGAGUUAUAAUGUGAAUAUGUUCAGUAAUAAUGUAAAUGAAUCAAAUUAGGGCAUGUCUCCGUUUUAGUUCCAUAGACUUCUGCUGCGUGACUGCGUCUGUUAGUGCUAACUGUGGAUUUAAAGGCUCCUUAAAUGGAGGACCUAUAGUAAAAUUUUACUUAAAAUUGCAAUUUUAACGCUGUGAUAAAACAUCGAAUAAUACCUAUAGUUAAUUUUACUUAUACAAAAUGUUUUCGUUACUCAUGUAUUAUAAAUAUAUA